UUCCACACAGUGCCUUAUAGAUUAUGUCCUCUGAUCAGUGGGAAACCAUUAAAUUGGAACAAAAUGGCAAAAAACAAACCUCCGGCAAGAUAUGCUCAGGUCUGGACAGGCCUUCGAAAAAGGAAAAGAAAACGAAACCCUUAGGAGAGCGCCGCAAAGCGGUGUGGCGUCAACAAUUGAUGGUAUUCCUGGGUAAUACCGGUGUCAUGGGUGCUGGCAUGGCUGUGGCCCUACCAUCGGUUACCCUGGGCCAGCUAACCGAUGAACAGGAGGAAUUUUGUCUAACCCAGGAGGAGGCCAGUUGGUUUUCCUCCAUCAAUACAAUGGCAUGUCCUUUGGGCGGUUUACUGGUCGGUCUACUAAUGGAUCGCAUUGGCCGUAAAAAUACGAUACUAGUCACAGAUAUUUGCGGUGUCCUGGGUUGGGGUCUAUUGGCCACAGCCUCAUUGCACAACGAACGCUCAGCGAUAUUUAUACAAAUGUUAAUUGGUCGUUUUAUUUCAGGUAUUAUGAUUGGUUUGUGCGUCUCUCCGGUCGGUGUUUAUUCGGCUGAAAUCAGUCUUCCCCGUAUACGAGGACGUCUAAUAUUAGGCACUUCAAUCGGUUUGGCAGCUGGCAUACUAUUUAUGUAUGUUCUCGGAUAUUUUAUACGGAAUGAUUGGCAGCUAAUAUCGAUCAUAUCCACUGUACAUCAAAUAAUCUCAACGUUGUGUGUUCUACCGAUGCCGGAAACGCCAAGUUGGCUAAUGCAAAAUGGUUACACCGAAAAGGCCAGGCGAUCGCUGAAAUAUUUCAGGGGCCUAAAUAAAAAUGAUGUUUCAUAUUGUGAAGAAUUUGAAAAUGAAUUGAAUCAAAUCAAACGAACCUCGGAACAAAGCCGUACCACGGCCCAAAGCGAAUCUCUGUGGCAGGCUGUGAAAGCACCCGAAGUCUAUAAACCUCUGCUGCUAAUGAUCGGCUUCUUUGCCUUUCAACAGUGUUCGGGUGUUGUGGUGGUCGUGGUAUUUGCCGUUCAAAUUGCCACCCGGGCUGGCGUAACCAUUGAUCCGGUGCUGUGCGCGGUAAUGGUUGGUGUGGCCCGCAUUAUUACCACCUUCUUUAUGAGCACAAUUUUCGAGAAAUGGGGCCGCAAACCGGCUGGUAUUAUUUCGGCUGGCGGUAUGACGGUGUGUAUGUUACUCUUGGCUGCCUCGGGCUGGUUUCCCGAACAGUUUGCCAAAGUGCCGCCAGUACCGGUCGUUUGCAUCGUCCUACAUAUAGUCUUCUCCACAAUGGGUCUGUUGACUCUGCCCUUCUUUAUGAUCUCUGAGGUGUUUCCGCAACGGGUACGAGGCAGUGCUUCGGGAUUUUCCGUCAGCUUCGGUUUGAUUAUCUCAUUUGCUGUCAUUAAAAUCUAUCCCACCAUGGAGGCGGGAAUGGGUACGGCAAAUGUAUUUGCUUUCUAUGGAGCAGUAUCGGCGAUAGCAGUGCCUUUUAUAUGUUUCCUGAUACCGGAGACAAGGGGUCGUACUCUGCUUGAAAUUGAGGAAUAUUUCAAGACGGGACGAAUGCCAACGGCCAGUGAAGUAAUAAUCUUACGUAAGGCCAGCAGAGAUCCAGUGAAUGGAAAUAAUGGUGAUGAUGAUGAGUGCAAAGAAUCAUUUCUCAAAAGCACCUAG